AUGGAUGAACCUUCUAAUUUUGCAACAAAUAAACAAACAAAAGAAAAAGGGUUAGAAACAUUAAAAUGUCCAAUGAAUGGACCUGAUUCUAAAUAUGAUAAUCCCCCAUAUAAGACAAUAAGUGUUUAUCAGUGGAAAAGUUUUCUUAGUGAAAAAACUCUUUGUAUGCUUGGGAGAACAAGAGGGGGAGAUUAUAAUUUAUAUGAUACACACAAUUUAUAUGGAUUGGCCGAAACUAUUGUUACUCGAAAAGCUUUGGGUAAAUUCAAAUAA